AUGACAGACUGGGGCGCCGAAGCAACCAUCGGGUUUGGCGGGCAGAUCCUGUUUGACGCUCUGGCCACGAAACUCGAUGCACCCAGAGAUUCAGCAGAGUACAAGACCGCUUACAAAUUGGUCUGGCGGCUUUUGAGCCGGUCGAGCAUGCAGAAAAUCACCCACGGCAAGAACCUGACCAAGACGCCUGCAUUGGGAGCUCUCUGGGACGAAGAGACCAACAAGGACAAGGACCACGAGCCUGGCACUUUUGCUGAGUUGCUUAGGUACGGAAGCGUGCACUUUGAACAGACGAGGGAGCGCAUCGAAUACCUGGAGGUCCAGAGGCCGGCCGAGACGUUCAAGAAGGGCUUGCUAGAGCCUUAG